AUGAACAUAUCAAAAUCAAUACAAACAGUAAAUAACGUUGAUGAUUACAAUGGCAAAUUUCAGAAAUUUGAAGACGAAAUUGAUUUUCAUGUUGAUAAAGUAAUAAAAUCUAUUUACCAAACUGCAGAUAUUUUGACAAUACAUCAUAAAGAAAUGUGAGUUUACCAAAUUUGUUUAUUAAUAGGUAUUAUUUAAAAAAACAUUCUUGGCCAUUUAAUUAAAUAUUUACUAUUAGUUUACAACUUGACAAACAAACCGACAGUAUUUAUCAAAAAUUAAAUUCAGAAAAAGAGAUGAUAAAUAAUUCAAUCGAUAAAUUCAACAACACCAACAUGGAAAAGGAAUUUUGGAAAUGGAGAGAAAGACUCAAACAGAAAAAUGAAACAAACGUUUCAUUCACUAAAGAGGCGCUUAAAUUGAAAUCUAAUUAUCAACAAAAAAUGUAA